AUGACUCCUCCACCCUCAUCGCUGUUCCCAUUGUCCCCACCCAUUGCCGUCGACACGCAUCCCUAUCGAGCCCCGGGGUCCAACGCUCCUGAGCAGGAGCGCAUCCCUGACCCCAAUCGCCUCGCGCCGGAGGAUGCAUACUUUGCGCCGUCACUAUCAAGGAUACGCUCGGCACCUGCAAACUAUGACGAGCGUUUGCGCUCCUUGAGUAGCGAUGGCACUGUCUCUACGUUACGGCCUCCGCGUGGGGUGCUUGGCGAAGAUCCUAGUCGGAAGGAUGUGAGGAAAUUGGGUGCCGGUAGCCGUCGGAGACGGAAGGGUGCUUGGAAGAAGCUUCUAUGGGUGAAGCAAUCCUAUCCGGACAACUACACCGAUACCGAGACCUUUCUUGAUCACCUUCAACGAAACCCGAGAGUACGACCAUAUGACUUCUGGCCGUUAGUUGCAGACUCUACCGUCAUUGUGCAGCAUGUCUGCUCGGUUGUGAUAUUCGUUUGCUGCUUUGUCGGCAUCGUUCAAGACCGCGUGAACCCAGUCUCGAUUGUUUGCUGGGGAAGUGUUGGAACUGCUGUGGGUUGGAUUCUUUGGGACAAUUGGAUCUGGAUUGAGCAGACAGAGCUUUCUCACGGCGUGGAUGGUGCUAUCGGCGACGAUGGCUCUAGUUCAAGCUCCUUGGCUAGCGCUGCCAACCCAUCGAGCAAGGACACCGAGCCCAAUGGCACGAAAGAGCAUCUGAUCCAUGGACUUGGCUUGAACAUGUCAGGCAACGAGUCCAAAGAACAUUUUCCCCACCGAAGUCCAGAGUUGAAUGGCAUGCUGGACCCUUCUUCCCACUUUGGAGCUUCGACUACAGCAUCCAGUGCAGUGGCUGGCAAUGACGAAUCGCGGGACAUUGACCGUUCUUCAUUGUUCUCUUCCCGCAACCGCCAGCGACUAUCGACGGUCAAGUCAGCCUUUUUGAUCUACUUUUCCCUGCUGGGACUCAGCCCAAUUCUGAAAUCAUUAACCAAGUCUACCGCCAGUGACUCCAUCUGGGCGUUGAGUUGCUGGCUCUUAAUCAUGAACGUAUUCUCCUUUGACUACGGAAGCGGUGAAGGCGCAGGCGCCACCAAAUUCCCAGCUUCUCUUUCGACCAACGCGGCUGUGAUGGCCUCAACGGUGCUCGCAUCCCGUUUACCAACGACCACCCACGUGUUCAGUCUGAUGUUGUUCGCCAUGGAAGUAUUUGGACUGUUCCCUAUCUUCCGUCGCCAAUUGCGGCAGAAGUCAUGGACCGGUCAUGUUGUCCUUUCCCUCGCCCUGGUUAUCAUUGCUGGAGGCGCAGUUGGCAUGACUCUAAGUGGUGGAUGGGCGUCGGCCAUCAUUGGGUCCGUUCUUGGCAGUAUUCUGACUGCACUGACGAUGGGUGGCUGCAGCUGGUGGCUGAUCAGCCUGCAAAAGUAUAAGAAUGUGGUCAUCGGUCCUUGGGAUCCCGCCCGUCCCAUCAUUCGGCGGCACUGGAAUUAA